UCUGCAAAAAUAGGUCUACUUGGGAUCGAUCGCGUUUCUUUAAAGAUGGAUAUCGAAAAUUCGGGUUAGUAUGAUUCUUGUAGACCUUCAGUAGACGAAUCUAACCCAUAAAAAAAAUAUGAUCCGAAAGCAUUAUAAGUUCCUACUUGGAUGUUCGAAAGAAAGUCAAUAUACCCAAGCUUCGAAAACAUCACACAACAAAUCUCGGAAGGGUGUCGUUUUGUAGCCCUUGAAUUGCUCUAUCUACUCUAAAAAUUUCACUUCUCCACCAUCGACCUAUCAAAAGUUAUUUAAAAAAUGGCCACCCUUUUUUCAUUUUGAAACGGGUAUUAAUUCAGCGUUCAUCAACAAACUUUUAUAGUCGAUCUUUUAAUAUUCAAUCGAAAUCUAUUCGAAGGUAUCCAUAAACCAUUUACAAAUUCAAUUUACUAAUUUAACUCUUUUUAGUUAACAGAUAUAUGUACUAUGGAUUCUACUAAAAAAAUGACAAAAAAUGCUCGACAACGACAAUUAAAUAAUACUUUGAAUGUUUUGCCAAAGUUCACUCCAUUCAACCGCUAUCGAAUGUAUCAUAUCAACGGCUCAACUUCUACGAAUCUUCUACAUGAACUUAUUACACUAGCCAAGAAAACAACGCGAUAUACUAUAGAUACUGAAGAUGAUUAUUUUACACAUCGAGGAGCAUUGAUUCAAAUAGAAUUUAUCCAACCUGAAUCACUUGUUUUAUUAGUUGGAAUUAAUCAUUUACCACAUAGAGCAUCAGUAUCAUUUUGGUUAAUCAAAUCGAUCUUUCAAAUAAUUUUAGAUCCAUCAAAUAUUAUAUUUUCAUGCGGCACAAUUCAUGAAAUCCAUGAUAUUGACAUACAAACACGAUUUAGAAAUUGGCACCGUAGAAAUUUUUUACCUACGUAUGAUCAUUCCACAUGGAAUAUUGAUAACUUGUUAAAUACAUAUUCGAAUGAAUCAUUAGAGAAUCUCAAUCAUAAAUGGUCACUUCAGAUGGCUAUCGCUUUCACAUUUCGUGAAUUCCACAACAAGUUUAGAAGAAAAAGCGAUUUGAGUCGACAUCUUGAUCUCAAAAAUACUUAUCCACCAUCAAUUAUAAGUGCAAAAGAAAAGGAGACAGUCGAACAAAUGAUUCAAUAUGCAAUCGAUGACUAUUUGGCAGUUACAAAAUUAUUAACUUUACGCAAUCUUGAUUGGCCAAAACCAUAA